ACUGGCACCCCUGAGGGAUUGAUCUUUUCAUUAUAAUGCAAACUGUUUGAAUAUUUUAUAACUUUAUUCAAUUUCAUUCAAGUUCUGGUACAUGUCAUCCAACAUCAUCAGGUUUCUGUUAAUCUGUGCAGAAGUGUCUUUGAUGCCUCCAAAUCCCAGACAGACACUCUCAUUUCUGUAAUCAGGUGCUCUUAGUAUGAAACUUAUGACUGUCCUGAGCAAAUUUUAUGAUCCAAUAUUUAUUUUAAUUCUGUUUUUACCAUUGUGUCCUUCAUUAUACAAUGUACAGUGCACGUUUUAGGCCUAUGUUAAAAUUAGUGAAGCAGUUUAGGUAUGUUUUACAGAUGAUUAGCAAUGCAUUAAGAAACUAACAUGCUCACAGUGCUGUGUGGACAGGUUUAAUGGAACAGAGUAGAGCAUUUUUGACAGCUGUCAUACCAAGAAAGAAGAAGAGAAAAAAAAAACCUUGAUUCAUAGCCGAUACCUAUUAAUCACAAAAUGCCUGUAGGCUCUCUGCAUCUGCAGGUGUUGAGUGCAGUGUGAGCAGUAACUAACAAGAAUUGUUUUUUUACUUUGCUACCGUGCUACGAGCAGAGUUGUUCUUUUCUCCCCCCCCACUUCACUUGUGUUCGACCCACUCUACAUGGUCACUAUCAAACCUGAUAGGUCCCCCUGGAUGCUCAAUCCUAACUUCAGAUUCAAUAGACCUGUACUGAAUGAUUUAAGAUAUAAUUAUGAUAUGAACUUAUUUGUAUCCCCUACAUGUAGGAUAGAGUUGGCAGGAUUGCAGAAAAGAACAGGUAAUGUUAGCUAGCAACAAGCACACCAGCAAAGCUAAAACAGUAUAAAACAGCCAACAUUAAUGGUAGCCUAGCAUUUCCUGAUGCCUGAAAGCUCAAGCACCAGAUACUUUCAAACCAGCCAAAUUAUCUCUGUCGUAAUGUACAAACUAGAACCCACAAAUGCAGAACACAAUGAGAAGAUAAGGUAAGUCAGUUAUUCGAACAGACGGAAUGAAUGAAUAUGGUCUUUUAUCGAGGCGGUAGCACUUACCAGGACUGUUUAAUCAACACAACUUGCCUUAAACCCCAGAGAAGGCCUUGGGACAUUUGCCAGCCUUCACUCAGUUUCACCAAUAAGACUCAGUGUAACUUUCUUCAAAGCCAUUUAUAUUGCAAACAGCACUUUGUUAGACCUUUCAGCUUGUCGACACAUACGGCAUGGAUUUUGAAACACUUUCACAGUCGACCCCAACCCUCCAGCCUCUCUUUUCACCAAACCAGAGCUGUUCAUCAGGUUGCCCCUCAUGUGGCAGACGCCUGGAGAGACUGUCUGUCCCUGGAGAAUGAAAACAGGUGUCGACACAGCCUGAGGCCCAACUUGAAGCUGUACGAGGUGGACAAGGGGAGAAAAGGGGCGAGCCAGGGAAAGAACCAGGGGAAAUGGGCGUCAGUCCUGGUCUCUCUCUGCUCUGUUGAGGGGGAGCUGGUGUUUCUCUUCACUCUGCGCUCCAGUACACUGAAGGGCAGGCACAAGGGAGAUGUCAGUUUUGCAGGAGGAAAGAGUGAUCCCUCAGACAGAGAUGUGGUUGCCACAGCGUUGAGGGAAGCCAGGGAGUAGCUGGGUGUUAAUGUGGCAACAGAGAGGAUGUGGGGCAUCCUGAAGCCUCUCAGGGACAUGUCAGGGAUGAUGAUUGCUCCUGUGCUGGCUAACCUCAGUCCCCUAGAGGAGUUGUCCUUCAAACCCAACCCCGGAGAGGUGGAGGAGAUUUUCACCCUGUCCUUGUCCCACCCUCAGAACCGUGGCUACACACACUUCCGCACCGGUGACAAGUACAGAUACACUCUCCCAGUGUUUCGGAACGGGAAGCAUCGAGUGUGGGGCAUGACGGCCGUCACCCUAGACCAUACCCUGAAACUCAUUGUCCCUCCUUAGGAGCUUAGUCACAGUUACUUUACAGUACACACACAGUACUAAAUCAGAACUAUCAUGUGACUCCAAGAUUUGAUUCUGACAAAUGAGCAGUCAAGCUUUGUGUAGCAAAAUCAUGUCAGGACUAAUUUAUGAAGGUAAAGUCCUUUCUGGGAGUAUCACUGUCAGGAGAAGGAUUUUUCCACUUUCUGAGCCUCAGGUGUAUAUGAAGCUCUAUUGAAUGCCAGCUGUGUUGAUGUCACUGAUAAAGAGCAGGUGUUGGAAGUCUUGGCCAUUAAUUUGGUGAAUAGCUAUGGAGUAACAUCAAACAGCAAUGCCAAUAUUUUGUUAUACCUGAUUGAUUCUUACCUGAACAUUAUCAGGUUUUUCCUUAAUUUGUCCCCCGUCUGUAUACAAUAUAAUGGACUGCUUCAUUUUUAAAUGCUUACAAAUCCUUCUUUAAUUAAGCCUCACAGCUUUACAACCAGUUACCAAUUAAAUUGUUUUUAACAAGUUAAAUCAGUGAGUCACUGAGAUAACUUUUGCCAUGUGAGUUUCACAUGAGGCUUGUGUUUGUUACAUUUUAUCAUGUCUGCUCAGCAGACAACAGAGAUGACAUGAUGUAAGCACACCAUGUGGUGUUGAACAGUGCAAUAAAGGUUGUUUUAAAAAAAAGGUAAAAAGAAAAAAAAAAAAAAAAAAAAAAAAGGUAGCCAGGGGCCGUCAACUGCAGUUCUCGAGGAAGCGGUGAACCCAACCCUGGGCGGACUGCACAGAUCCAAGAGCGGAGAGGCGUGUUCCGACCUGGAGCGGGUAUGGCAAUGUGAGGCCGGCAGCGGAUACACAGAAUGGAGAUGACUGGCUCCGAGUGGCACGGGAGGUGUCGCUGGUGUAGCUGGCAGUGCAGGCGAUAAGACAGGCAAACAGGUUGGCAGAGAUCCGUGAGGUGAACGUGGUUGUGAUCACCGGCGAGAGGGAUGUCUGUGGCAGAAGCAAACCAGAGUUUACAAAAGACAAGAUAACUUAGACAGCGCUACAACAGUACUUAGCUGUGUUAAGCAUGGAGCCGUUACAUAUGGUCGUACACAAGACAAUCUGGCGCUGGUAGUGAGGAAGAGCCAGGUCUUUAUGCUGUGGAGACUGAUGACUAAUUGGUGUCAGGUGCGCCGGUGAUCAACAGCAGGCAGAUGCCCAAGAAGCCAGACCAGGAAACACACACACACACACACACACACACACAUAACUGGAGACAAACGGAGGACACACAAGACACACAAGGAGAGGGAAACAGCACUAGAGUCUGCAGGGGUCGCACGGCAUGGUGGCUGACCAUGACAACCUCACUCUGAUUUUAACAGUAUCACAUCAGUGAUAUCAUGCAGAACUCAACUCUAGGUUUAAACAUGUUGGGUUCUGUUUAAGAGCUAGUCUGUUUUGCAAUUGCAGAAUUGAAAUGUCCGGCUCCCAGCAGGAGGAAACGAGCCAGCACUAUACUGGACAUCAGAACCAGCUUAGGUAAGAAUCACAAGGUGGUAAUAUUGAAAUGGCAUCAAUAACAAUUGCUUCCGUAUUGUUUUUAAAAAGUGGGUGGAUAAGACAGACAUGACACCGUCAUAACCAUGACAUAACAUUCGGUCAAUUAUGUCAAUUAUGUAUUAUGUUUAAACGAUCUUCAUAUGCAAUUUUAGGAAAUGUAAUGAGGGGAUCAGUAUGAGGUCAGAGUAGAUAAUUACGGCGGGUCUGCACAAAAAUUGCAUAACGGCGCAUCAAAAGGGCAUAGUCUAGGCUACUACAGGCAACGUCAACCGCACAAGUAACAGUCAUCCAUCACAUCCACAGCUGCAACACCAUGUCAAUCGAACAAUGCCAAAAUCACAUCUACUGUAGAAAGCACCAAUGCAUGUCAGUCAGCCCAGUGAUAACAAUAUCCAAUCCAAUAUCACUGCCU